CGCCCUGUGGUGAACUGCUCUUUGCCCUGUACGCAUUACGCAGGGCCCUGCGUCAACCAAUAGGAAAGAGCCUAAUUUACUGUACGUGUUACGUAGCUUGCUGCUACCCUGCUAGCUAGUUGCUAACAAGGAAAAAGAUGGAUUCUCCCAUACUGGAACCGUCCUUGUACACUGUCAAAGCAGUUCUGAUUCUGGACAACGAUGGAGACAGGCUUUAUGCCAAGUAUUAUGAUGAUACGUACCCGACAGUCAAGGAGCAGAAGGCAUUUGAGAAGAACAUAUUCAACAAAACACACAGGACGGACAGUGAGAUAGCAUUACUCGAAGGCCUUACUGUUGUCUACAAGAGCAACAUAGACCUCUUCUUUUAUGUGAUUGGAAGUUCCCAUGAAAAUGAGCUUAUGCUUAUGGCUGUUCUAAACUGCCUUUUUGAUUCGCUCAGUCAGAUGUUGAGAAAGAAUGUUGAGAGAAGAGCUUUGUUGGAGAAUAUGGAGGGACUCUUCCUGGCUGUGGAUGAAAUUGUAGAUGGAGGGGUGAUCCUGGAGAGUGACCCACAACAAGUUGUGCACCGUGUAGCUCUCAGAGGGGAUGAUGUGCCUUUGACAGAGCAAACAGUCACCCAGGUUCUUCAGUCUGCCAAAGAACAGAUCAAGUGGUCACUUCUACGAUAGUCACCCGUGCACCAGUCUACCAGUGAGCCACUGUCCAGUAAAGUCUUUGUGGCACUGAUCUGCAUACUCCUUUUCCUCUGAUUUCCACUCCUUCAAUCAAAGCUGUGAGGAGUACAACUGGCUGAUCCAGUCGACACUCCCAAGGACUACUGCUCGACAAAGUUUCACUCCCCAAUUUGUUUUAAUUCUUUUUCCUUUAGGCUUUCAUAUGUGACAUAAUCAACACGAGCAUAAUAUAUGGUAUACAUUCCAGUACGAAUACUGGCCUGUUUUGUUUGAUUUUUCAUUACAGCAUCUCGGUGUUUAUUAAACCAGCGUACCUGUCUAUAAAACAUUGAUCAUAGCCUGUGGCAACAUUCCAACUGUCUCCUUGAACAAGAAUUUUAUCCUGUUUGAUAGCCCCCUGUCUUACUGUACAAAGUAUUGAGCCACUAUAUCAUUUCAUUUGCAUGAAUAUUGUGAUAAAGUGUACAACUAGUAGUGUAGUCAUACCACUGAUCACAGAGGUUAUGUUUUGCAUAUAUUUUGUCCGGGAAUCUUCCAUUCAUCAGAUACUUAUAAUAAAUGUUUGUUGACACUGGUCUGUGAA